AUGCGUGUAAGAGACCCACAAGCAAACCAGGAUGCCACUGGGGAGGGAGGGCAGGGAUCCCAACUUGUCUUUUUGUAUUUUUUAUUUUGUAUUAUUGAAAACCUUGGAGAUCUAACAAAUAUACCAAAUUCUAUAUUUUGUAAAUUCUCUAUAUUAGAAAACAGCUGUGCACAGCAGGGCGUUCGUGCUCAUUUGUACUGUAUGUAUGUUGAUGUAUGUACUGGAGUGUGUGUGCGUGUGUAUGUAUGUGUGUGUUUAUGCUGUGGAACUGGUCUCAUUCAGGACACCUGUUUCCCUCAACUCAGAUUUUCCCAGGUCCAACCAUAG